AUGUGGGCGACCUCGCUCCUCGUCGCUCUGGCCGCGCGCCACACCACCGCCUGCACCACACUCAUCGUCGGCAAGGACGCGAGCGUGGACGGCUCAGUCAUGGCGACGCACUCGGACGACGGUGAGAGCAACCCCGAUGCUCGGGUCGUGUACGUCCCGGCCAUGGACCACGCGCCGGGUGCCACGCGGCCAAUCUACUACGACACAGAGGAUUUCCCUCGAUUCGUCGGCGAUCGUGGCGUCGAGGCGUACCUUCAAAAGAACAACCCGGGCUUCAACGCUUCGGUGCCGAUUGGCCACAUUCCGCAGGUGGAGCACACGUUUGGCUACUUUGAGGCGACGUACGGGAUCCUCAACGAGCACCAGGUCGGCAUCGGCGAGUCCACGUGCUCCUCCGUCUUCGGGGCGCAGGCGCGUGGCCACGGAGGCCACGCGCUCUUCUCUGUCGACUCGCUCUCGCGCAUCGCGCUGGAGCGGUCGAAGAGCGCACGCGAGGCGGUGCAGCUAAUGGGAGACCUCGCCGUCGCGGAGGGCUUUUACGGUGCGGGAAGCUUCGAAGGGACCGGCGAGUCGCUGAUGGUGAUCGAUCCGAGAGAGGGCUUCAUCUUCCACGUCCUGCCUGACCACAGUGGCAAGUCUGCCGUCUGGGCAGCGCAGCGCGUCGGCGACGGCCAGGUUGGGGUCGUCGCAAACAUGUUCACGAUCCGCCACCUCCUCCCCAACCGGACGACGCGCGGCCAGCCCGACUUUCUCUUCUCCGACUCGGUGCACGAGAUCGCGCAGCGGAGCGGCUGGUGGAGGCCGUCCGACGGACCGCUCGACUUCACACGCGUGUACAGCGACGGCGAGUAUGCGCACAAGUUCUACUCUGGCCGACGUCUGUGGGGGGCGUACCGGCUGCUCGCGCCCGACGUCCCGAUGCCGAGCGACUACUCCGACCUGCGACCCUCGCCCGUCUACCCAGCGACUGUGAGCACGCGGCGCAAGCUUUCUCCACUCGACCUCAUCGCAGUUCACCGCGACAUGUACCAAGGCACGCCCUUCGACAUGACCGCCGGAGCGGCGGCGGGCGCCUUCGCCAACCCCGACAGGUACUCCGCCUCGGGCGUCACAAAGCUGCGAGGCGCGUGGGAGCGGUCCAUUGCGCUGUACCGCACCUCGCAGACCCACGCGCGCGGCUGGCUCCCGCCCACCAUCGGCGGCGUCGCAUGGUACGGUCCUCACGCCGCGCACGGCACCUGCUUCCUGCCGCUGCACAUCGGCGCGCAAGCCGUGCCCGCGCCGCACGCCGACGCGGACCCGCGAAGCGUGUCUCGCCGCUCCGCUUACUGGGCGCAUAAGUUCGUCCUCAACCUGGCGCGGGCGCGGUACUCGGACAUGAUGGGGGUGGUGCGCGCAGUGCAGCGGCGGCUCGAGGCGGCCGCGUGGGAGCGAGUGCGCGCCGACUCGCCGGCAGCGGCGGCAGCGUCCCUCGCGGCGACGAGCGACGCGGAGGCGGAGGUGAUCCUGGCGGAGUGGUGGGCGCUGCCCGACGAGCUGAUGCUCCGCUUCGCCGACGGGUGGGCGAGCAACGGGCCGGCGAUGGGGUACGUGGACGCGUGGCUGAAGAGGGUGGGGUGGGAGGAGGGACCGCCCGAGCCGCCCAGGGACCCGGCGCUGCCGCGCUGCUGCCAGGACACGUCCGGCGGCGCGGCCUCCUUCGCCAUGUCCCGCCGCCGCGCCAUGCGGUGA